CAGCCCUUCUCUCGGGCUCAGAUCUACACCGGGAAUAUUUCACACCACACAGCUGCCUCAUACAGUACCUCUUGGGCUUUAAUGUUGCUCAAAAAGCUUCAGCGGACUAAUGCAAAAAACUAAAAAACAAUGGAUAAGCGAAACUGCAAACCUAUGAUACAAACACUUGCAUUUCACAUUCAUUGACGAGUAAGUAGGAUCUUUUUUCCUUUUUGCAGCGCAGUGCACAGAUCCUUUCCUGGAAUAUGCUUGCUUGAAAUCAGCCCGGUUAUAUCAGUUUCAACUACUGUAGUUUGUAAGAAUGAGCGUGCAGUGGCUUCAGACUCCGGUACCGGGAAGACACGGACACAAGCGCUUUGACACAGACGAGCCCGUCACCAGAUGUCCACGGCUCAGCGAGUCUUCGGCUGAUGCGGGUCUCCUGGGCUCCUCACCGGGAUCCCCGGUCAGCGGAGCGCCUCUGAGCGUCACCUCAGCCCAUCAGGGUCCCGCUCGCAUCGGGCAGUUUCUGCUAGUGCCCCUGGCCGACCGACCGGGGGUGCACAGCGCUUUAGAUAUGGACACAGGAGAGGAACUGCUCUGCAAGGUGUUUGAUAUGGGCCAAUACCAGGAAAAAAUUAGAGCCUACAGCAUGCUGUCAAGUCAUAAGAAUAUUGCACAGAUCAAAGACAUAGUUCUUGGGGAGUGCAAAGUAUAUGUGUUCCAAGAGAAGGAUUUUGGCGACAUGCACACCUUUGUAAAGAGCAGCAAAAGGCUUCCGGAAGACCUGGCUUCCAAGCUUUUCUACCAGGUUGUGUCUGCAGUGAACCACUGCCACCAGGUCGGCAUCGUUUUGGGGGACCUCAAGCUUCGCAAGUUUGUGUUCUCAGACGAGAAAAGGACCCAACUGAAAUUAGAGGGUCUGGAGGACUGCCACAUUCUGCACGGGGAAGACGACUCGAUGUUCGACACGCACGGCUGCCCUGCGUACGUAAGUCCAGAGAUUUUAAACGGCGGAGGGUGCUACUCAGGCAAGCAGGCUGAUGCGUGGAGCCUCGGCGUCAUGCUGUACACAAUGCUGGUGGGUCGCUACCCUUUCCACGACCCGGACCCCGCAACCCUGUUCUCUAAGAUCCGACGCGGCACAUACUGCCUCCCCGACGGGCUGUCUUUAAGGGCACGCUGCCUACUUCGCAGCCUGCUCAGAAAGGACCCGGGCGAGAGACUGACCACAGCGGAGGUCCUCAUUCACCCGUGGUUUAAUGGAAACACGCAGGACACAGCAAACGCAGAACAGGAAGUCAACCUCAGAGAACAGACAGUGCCCCAGAUAGAAAUGGAGCAGGACGAGGAUCUUUUCUCCUGAGGAAACCGAUAUAGCUUGAAUAUGGACCAAAACUGUUCGUUAUCUUGGUGUUUUGUUUUUAUCAUUUGGUUUCUUAUAUGGAUUUUGUAAUAGAUUCAGAAGUAUACACUCAGUGAAUACUCACAAAAAGUACUGUAUCAUCUGUGUCAGGUUUAAGGAUAGUGUGCACAGCCAGUGUAUUUUGAAGUCGUUUGCUAGUGAACCAUUCUUGUGCUGUAUGAAGUUUAAUGAGACUGGGCAUUAUGGGUCACGUGAUAAUGAGAGAAUGUGAGAAUGUCGGCGCGGUGACUAACCUCGACCUAUGGGCCAGACCUUUGGCUUCACUCUUACUGUCAAAACGAAACAUGUAGGUUGACUCACCAAUUGAAUAACUGCAGUACCAAAGGUACGUGUCUCUUUUAAUAGGAGGAGAAUGAAACCUAGAGGUGUCUGACACAUACAUAUAUAUGGAGGAUUAGAAGUGCGGCUUAAAAAUAUAAUGAAGAAAAAAUUGUCAAUGUAUUUAAAUUUUUAAAAAAUUAUCAUUUUAAUAAAAAAUACACAUUAACUUAUUUCAAUCAUGUUUAGACAAUAUAAAAAUAAAUAAUACAUUGAUAAAUAAUUUUAUAAAUGCAAAUGGUUUUUAAAAAGCAUUUAAAACAACAACAAAUUGCAUAUUUUCAAUGUUUUUCUUUACCCAUUGGCAGCCAUUGUGCAUCAAAAAAUAUCCUAAAAUUCUAUUGAAAGUUCACUGGUUGCUGCCAUUUAUGAACUGUCCAAUGAUAUUUUCGAAGUUGAGUGACAGAUGGAUAAAGAAAACAAGAAAAGCAAUUUUCUAAUGCUUUAUCAUGUGCAAUUUAAAAGCUGAAUUGUUUUAUUAUUUCCAUUAAUAAUUCAAAGUAAUAUUUUGUUGUUACAUUUAAAAUUUUAAACAUUAAUUAAAAAAAUCUAGUAAUUAAGUCAGUCCCACUUUAUAUUAGGUGGCCUUAACUCUUUUUAUGUAAAUUUACUACAUUUAUGCAUGUUUUUACAUUUGUACUUAUAUUUAAAAAAAUACCUGUAUUUAAUUGCAUCUGAAAUUAAUUUUACAUUUCUAAUGACACUUUUUGACCAAUUUCUUACAACUUAACCAACCCAUACCACUAAACCUGUCACUAACCUUACCCGUAUCCCAUCUAAGUAGCAGCAAACGUACAAUAACUGCUUAUUUUCUGUUGUAAGAACAUAAAGCCACCUAACAUAAACUGGGACCAUAAAGUCUACAUUUGUUCAUUUUGAAUGUCAGUUUAUCUUUUUGAUAAUUGAAUUCAUUUUAUUUUUAAGUGGCACUUCCCCUUACGUGCUAUAAGCUGUUUUAAGUCACAGAUACUGCUAUUCUAACUUAUCCCUCUCGGAACUGCCAAACUGAGAGCCGUUCAAAGGUUAAAUGUCACUUAUUGACCUUUUAAGACUGUGACAUCCAAGAGGUCACGGUUACAAACAGAUUCUUAAACGUUCAGGAUGAGCUUCUUACAGACUGACACAAAGUGUUCAUGUUAUUCUGCUGUAUCCUGAUCUCUGCAGUCCUUCUAGUCACAGUUUCCUUACUUGAAUCCAGGCAACCUCAUAAAAAGCAUGAGGCUACAGUAUGGCAGGCCAGUUCAUACUGCGGGUAAGAUAUAAGAUGACUCAACAGCUGGGCGUUGGUGCAACGAAGAGGAAAGGGCUAUGAACCCAGAUUAGUGCGCUCAGUAUGACUACGUAUGCGUAUCUUUACUCAGACUUUCAAGAAAGGAGAACGGUACUACAACAGCAUUACUGUAAGGGUAGAGCGUGCUAGAAAGGUCUCUUUUCUGCUUGCCCUCGUGUUGGGGGUUGAUGUUACCUCUGAAUCCAAGCAUAAUGGUGAUAUGGAUGUUUAUGGUUUCUGAAAGUCUCUUUAUAAGCAAAGGCUGGAGGGUAUGCAAAAUGCCUGUCUCAUGCAUGCAACACAUGGGGAAAGCUGACACGAGUGCACAGAGUUCAUAUUGCACUGUGAAUUAUGUAUUUGUGACACAAACCCCAAGGCUUGACCAUGAGGGUUUAACGAUUAAAAUUCAUUGUACAAAUGAGCAUUUGUAAAUAUGUACAUCUUAAGUGUGUGAACAAAAUUGAAUAAAGAUUACUCUUUCUUAUUUA